AUGACCGUCGAAUCUGUUCAACCAGGUUUCGCUCCGCUGUCGAACCUCAAGGCUGCGCCGACAACAUUCAACUCUAAGUCGGUUGCAUUACGAAAUUCGUCAAACUUACAGAUAUCUGCGCAGCUACCGCAUCGCUCUCGAUCCCAAAAGAAUGUCACUCGUGAUGAACCGGUCAACGCGACCAGCGAUAAGGCAACUGUCGCUCUGAUCCGACGCGUUCUCUGCCCGCAGGCGGGCCAGCAGCCUCUGGAAGAGCUGCUGCCUCCCCUGACGAGUUCGAAUGAAGUCGACCUCCAGCUCUAUGCUCUGAUUGCCGUCAUUGUCAAAGAAUUUGUCUUUUCUUGGUAUUCGAAGAUCACCUCGGAUCAGGUCCUUACGCAAGAGGUCAUCCAGGUGAUUGCGCAUUGUACACGCGCCCUCGAGCAAAGGUUACGGGAAACGGAUAUAGCACAGCUGGUCUUUGACGACAUACCUGGGCUGGUAGAGACACACAUCAUCUCGUACAGGCUGGCCCGCGGCGAAAGUACAUUAUCUGGGCUCUCCCCUUCAGUCCGCGAAGUUUAUCAUGCCCUGAAUCCACAUCCGAGUCUUUCUCCAAUCCCCUCUGAUCCGCAGAGCGGUGCAGAGCAACGCGAAAAUGAGGCCAUCUAUCGACAGUUGCUGGUUCAAGGGCUGCUGGCUGUUCUUCUACCGACGGAGGAUUUGGAGAAUAUCUGCCUGCGGACGUUAGUCUGUGACAUCCUGGCAGACCUAAUCAUAGGAAACCAAGUCAGCGGAAAGAUAUGUCAAGGAUGGUUCGUGUGGGAGACUAUCAGCAAGCUUCUGCCUGCAUCGAACCAAAUGGACAAACAUGCGGAGACAGCAGACAACGGCCAGAGGGAUCAACUCCAGAAGUUUGGUCUCCUCUCGAAGCACGAAAAACCUGAACUAGAUCAUCCGUCGUCUCGUGGCUCUUUCGGCCCGACUUGGCUGUGGAAUAUCCUCCAAUAUCUGUAUCUGGCCUUCACGGCCCUGCAAUUCAUCAUUAUGGGACUGUUUCGUGUCGCAAGAAGCCCCAGGGCCACUUCCUCAUCGUCUCCACCGGCCUCGGGCAAUUCCCUGGAGCCCGAUAAAAUAUUUUCAUCAGGUAUCUUCACGAUUAGGCGUCCUGUCCUCGACUACCGAGUCUAUGGUCUCCUUUCACAACUUCUAGACAUUUCUCAGCGAAUGCCCUGGCUUGGAGGAUCCCUUGCGCUUGUCCAACAAUUGGGUCUAGCUGGUCCAGGCAGGUUAGGCGGUACGGGCAGCGUUCUUGAUAGGUGA